UAGCCCUUUCCUUUGCUCUGUAGUUCUCUGAUUUUUCUUGGGUUUUGGUGUUCAUUACAUUUCCGAUGAACAAUGAGUCGCGAGUGCACCCACCAACGCCUCUACGAUUUUGCCAAAAUGGCUCUCAUCAAGAUCUUCGCUCACCCCUACGCCACGGUAUGUGACUUGUAUUGUGGAGGAGGUUUUGAUGCUGAGAGAUGGGUCGAUGCCCAAAUUGGCCACUACAUUGGAAUUGACGGCUCUUCCUCUGGGAUAGACCAAAUGCGAGAAGCGUGGGAGAGGCACAGGAAAUCUUAUACUGCCGAGUUCUUUGAGAUUGACCCUUGCACGGAGAAUAUAGAAAUGCAUUUGGAGGAGAAGACAAAUACGGCUGAUUUUGUCUGCUGUUUGCAGCAUUUGCAGUUGUGUUUUGAAACUGAAGAGAAAGCACAGAGACUUCUACAUAACGUGUCAUCUCUGCUGAAACCAGGGGGUUAUUUUCUUGGUAUUACUCCUGACUCAUCUACCAUAUGGGCCAAGUACCAGAGGAAUGUUGAAGCUUAUCACAACAAAAGCAGCAGCAUGAAGCCAAACAUUGUUCCCAACUGCAUCAGGACAGAGAAUUACAUGAUUACUUUUGAAGUUGAAGAAGAAAAGUUUCCAUUCUUUGGAAAGAAAUACCAGCUAAAAUUUCCUAAUGAUGUAUCUGCUGAAACCCAUUGCUUGGUUCAUUUUCCAAGUUUCAUCAGGUUGGCCAGGGAAGCUGGCCUUGAGUAUGUGGAGAUUCAAAAUUUGACCGAGUUUUAUGAUGACAACAGAGCACAAUUAGCAGGUCUUCUAAUGAACUACGUUCCAAACCUUUUGGACCCUAGGGGGAAACUUCUUCCUCGAUCAUAUGAUGCGUUAGGUCUCUAUACCACAUUUAUAUUUCAAAAGCCUGACCCAGAAAUCGCACCUCCAGUUGCGACUCCAUUGAUGCAAGAUGCUAGUUAUAAUCUCGAUGAGGUAAUGUGGCAGGGAACUAGUUGGCGAGAUGAUGAAAUGAAUGGACAUGUAGUAGAGCCUCCUUCUCUUGGGCUGGGCAAGAUAAGCGAACAAAAAGGGAUCUUGGGUCCUGGCCCUGCAGAUUUACGGUUUCCAGAGGCACUCUGACUCAUCUACAGGUUUACCUAAUUUCCUUGUUUCGAAUACUGUUAAUAUUUUUAGCAACAAAGGAAAAAAAAAUGCAGUUAGGAGUAUACUUUUAUUCUUCUUCUUUUAUUAUUUUGGUAAAGAUGAGGUGUUUGACAUGUAGUCAAUGUGGACGGGUUAGUUUAUCUUAUCUUUACAUGCUGUACUUAUUAGCUUUUCUUUGCAUGUAAUC